AUUUUCUCCCUGCGAGUGGGAUUGGGUCGUACCUGGCAGAGGUGCGGCCCACUUCGCAAUGGAGUACGAUGACAGAAAACUCUUCGUGGCCAAAAUGCCGGAGGAUAUUCGAGAAGAAGAGAUAAAGAUUGUCUUCAACACCUACGGCACUGUCCAAGAGGUUGUGAUGCUUGGCGCAGAGCGAUCAAGGCCGGGCCAGCGAUGUGGCUUUGUGAUCUACGAGACAUCGCAGGCUGCUAGAUCUGCAGUGCAGGUGUUAGACAACGUCUACAAGUUCCGAGAAUCCUGUCCAGAGCCUAUCCACGUGAGCGUGGCCAGACCGCGAGGAGGCAAGGGCAAAGACGGCAAAGACCAAGGCCAUGGUUUCAAAGGAACCUAUGGCAAGGGAUACGACCAGGGCUACAACUCUGUGCACUCGGACCCCUAUGGUGGCUACGCCGGCGCGGCCUCCGAUCCCUAUGGUGGCUACGAUUCGGGCUUUGGCAAAGGCUGUGGAAAAGGCGGCUGCAAAGGCUACGAUGGCUGGUCUAGCUGGGGCGGAGAUGGCUACAGCAAUGGUGGCAAAGGCGGCUUCGGCGGCGGUGGUGGUGGAAAGGGCGAGCCUGGCACGAAGCUCUAUGUCGGAAAUCUCCCAGGUGACAUUCCUCGGGAAGACAUCGAGCGGGUCUUUAAGACCUAUGGCAGCGUGACCGAUGUCCACCUGAUGACGGGCAAGUCCAAGAGUGGGCAGGCCUGUGCCUUCGUGAGAUAUAGCACCCAAGUAGAAGCCAACAAUGCCAUUGCGGCGAUGGCGCAAGGCUAUGAGAUAAGGCCUGGAGAAGGCAACAUCAUUGUCAAACUGGCAGAUGGUCCCGAUGGCAAGGGUUCGAAGGGGCGGCCCGGUCCAUACUGAGCGGGGCGAUGCGGUCACAGGACAUCAUUGAAUCAAAGAUCA